UAGGGAAAUACUUAUUAUAUAUUAUGCAAUGCACUAGCUGUAUUUUAUUGUGUUAUGUUUUAAUGCUUUAGCUGUAGUCAAGGCAUACUCAAAUGCACAAUGUCGGCAGAAUGCUGUUCGAUUUUACUUGUGCUUUUGCUGUCCUGGCAAGUUUGCCACCGAUGCACGGUCACUGGCCAACCGGAGACACUGACCAUUUUGACAAAAGACGCAAACUACGUCCCUAUUGAACAAAUUGAUCUAACUGGAAAGCUUGGACUUACGUUGCGAGUAAAGGCAUGCACAUCAGCUUACGUAGCGCUGUCGGCCAUUUUUGGUGAAACCAACUCUCGAAUGUACGAGAUCUUGAUAUCAGGAUAUUCUAACACAAAGUCUGUGAUACGAACCUGCAAAAGAGGAUGUCCCCAGGCUGAGUCACCUACUGAGGGUCUUCUAAAUUGUAAUGAGUUUGUUACGCUGUGGCUUGGCUGGACAAAAGGAAACAUUGCUCUCGGAAAAGGUAGUAACUUUGGAAUCAACCCCCUUGUAGAAUGGGACGACAAUAGUCCUGAUUACAUCACGUCUGUUGCAGUCAGUACUCUAGACGGUGUCAACGGGACUUGGCAGUUCACACCCGAUGACAGCUGUAGUUUACCACUUGGAAGGGCUGUGAAACGUGAAGAUAUAGCAUACUCAUCUUCAUCAUCGGGUCUUCCCGUAUUCAACAAGAACAGU